AAAUGGACCAGUCACUCAUCUUUUUUCUGUCUUUCCCCAGUUUCUCGAUCCCAGGUGUCUUCACAGCGCCAGGAGGUGCUGACUGAGAAUGUGACUCGGAUGUCAGAGCACUCUAACGUGCUCCAGCAGACCCUGGGUGAGGGAUCCACUCAGGCUGACCUCCUGGAAAACAUCUGGAAACUGGAAAACAUGUUUCAGAACCACAGCAACUGGCUGCAGAGGUUGGAGAUCCUCAUCAAGGGUCUGGAGGUGGAGCUGAGCAACAUCCAGGCUAACUCCCUUCAGUCAGAAGGCUACUUGGUACAGUUGGACGACAGGUUGUCCUCCUUCAGCACCUCCGCUGGCAGGAACCUGACAGGUUUAAGCAUGGAAGUAGCGCGAACCUCCAGGUGGCUUCAUGACCAUGACGUUCUUCUGAGGGAGACAGCAGGUCAUUUGAAUGGGCUCAGAGAGAAAUUAGAUGAAGUCAACUGGACUGUUGGAGCUGUUAAUCACACCUUCACCAAUGACAUCAACAUACAUCACCUUAAAAUACAUGACUUACAGAUACAGAUCAUCAACAUAACAGAGGACACCAGCAGUUUAUGGGGAAAACACAUCCACACAGAGGCCCAGCUGAGGAGCGAGAUGGAGAUCCUGAGCACAAUAACGGAGGACCUCCGUCUGAGGGACUGGGAGCAAUCCAUGACCCUGAAGAACCUCACGAUGCUGGAAGGACCUCCAGGCCCUAAAGGAGAAAAGGGGGACAUUGGACAAAUAGGUGUCCCUGGUGUUCCUGGGCUCCCUGGCCUGCAAGGAUUUACAGGAGCCAAAGGAAUGCAAGGCACACAGGGAAUAAAAGGAUCUCCUGGGGCUGAUGGCCCACGGGGAGAGAAAGGCGAACGUGGACCAGUUGGGCCUAAAGGUGACAGGGGAGAUCGAGGCUUCAAAGGGGAGAAAGGUGAUCGAGGAGACAGAGGAGAUCGAACAGUCGAGGAGGUUAUGGUGCGAUUGGUGAACGGAUCAGGUCCCCAUGAAGGCCGUGUGGAGGUGUUGCAUGAAAGUCGCUGGGGGACGGUGUGUGACGACGUCUGGGACAAAAAGGAUGGAGAUGUCGUCUGUAGGAUGCUGGGAUACAGGGGAGCAGCAGCCGUCCAUAAGACCGGGCGUUUUGGGCAGGGGACUGGUGUGAUCUGGAUGGAUGACGUUGCUUGCACGGGGACUGAAGACACCAUCCACCAGUGUAGGUUUCCUGGAUGGGCCAAUACGAACUGCGGCCAUGUUGAGGACGCCGGCGUCACCUGUACAGUCUGAUUAUUCAGGAUCACUCCUGCCUGCAAACUUUUCUCCAUUCUAGGCCUUUUCUUGGACCAUUUUUGUCAAACCUUUUUAAAGGAGUGCCUUUUUAUCAGUAUUUUUGCCAACUUGGCACCAAAAGGUGUCAUCUAAACAGAUAAAAACUGAUUUCUAUUUGUGGUUUUGUGAGCAUAAGAGAACUAUUAACACUGAAGGACAGUGUUAUUUUUCAUGACCUGCACUAUAAAGGCAAAGAUUGCUUGUCUGGAUAGUGCCUUCUUCUCACCCAAUAAGGAUGGAUUGAACUAAGUUUCAAAUCAGGACAUUUCAAAUAAUAAUCUUAUUCACCUCCAAAGGGAAUGAAAUGGCUCUUUAAGACAGAAUUAAGAAUGUCAAUGAUUUUUAUUUACCUUUACAAGCAGCUUCUCAUUGUAGCAAGAAAUGCAAAGGGCUUCUGCAGAGUGCUUGGUUGUACUUACUUUCUUUGCCUUGCUUGAUAUUUUUUUGAGUGAUGGUUUGCAGGUCAAAAGAUGGCUGAAAGCGUGCAGAGAAAAAACACAUUCUAACACCUCUUUCUGUUCAGCUUUUAUUGAUAUCAUGUGGAACAAUAUUUUUCAAAAAGACUGACUUUGUUUGUUUUCUUUUGAAGUGGUCUUUAUCUUCAUUGUUUUUUAGAUUUCUAAUUUUUUUCUUUAAUAAUUAGGUGUUGUUGUUUUUUUUUACUAAUAUUUGAUGUAGUUCCUAAUAAUGGCAGCAUGAGGGAGCAAAGGGACAUAGCCUUGUGGCGUAAAUAAGAAUGUCUUUUUAGCUUUAAAACCAAAUCGGUGCUGUGUAUUUGGCAUAUUUUAGAAAAAAAUAUCAAAAUGUUCUGCAGCACUAAAAUAUAUCAAUUCACACAAAUGUUAUUAAGAAUAGAAGCACAACUAAAACUAAAUAAAAGCAGAAUAAAACAUACUUUGGUAAAAUAAACCAACUCACAUUCUAUAAAAAGUCACUUAAAAUAAGCAUGGAUUUAAGUUGGACUUGAAAUUUUAAGAGAAAGGAAGGUUUGAUGCCAUUUCGAUUUUUAAGGCCAAAACUCAAAUGGAUCUUGUUCCUUUGGGAGGUUAGGGCAUAGAGCUUGGAAUCCUGGGGUCCUGAGUUCGAGCCCCACUCCCACAGACUGCCACUCUGGGUCUCUGAGCAAGAC